CUCUUUUUCCCCAGAAACGCCACCCCAACCAAACUCCAAGCCCCUCCUGGAUCAAACGCCCUAGGGUUUCGCCAGAAAUCCAAGAGGAGCCAUGGCCGGCGCGACGACCUUCAGCGGCGACGAGACGGCGCCCUUCUUCGGAUUCCUGGGCGCCGCCGCGGCGCUGGUCUUCUCCUGCAUGGGCGCCGCCUACGGCACGGCCAAGAGCGGCGUCGGGGUGGCCUCCAUGGGCGUCAUGCGCCCCGAGCUGGUCAUGAAGUCCAUCGUGCCCGUCGUCAUGGCCGGGGUGCUCGGGAUCUACGGCCUCAUCAUCGCCGUCAUCAUCAGCACCGGGAUCAACCCCAAGGCCAAGCCGUACUACCUCUUCGACGGCUACGCGCACCUCUCCUCCGGCCUCGCCUGUGGCCUCGCGGGGCUCGCCGCCGGGAUGGCCAUCGGCAUCGUCGGUGACGCCGGCGUCAGGGCAAAUGCGCAACAGCCAAAACUGUUCGUGGGUAUGAUCCUCAUACUUAUCUUUGCAGAAGCCCUAGCCCUCUAUGGUCUCAUUGUUGGUAUCAUAUUGUCAUCUCGUGCUGGUCAAUCCCGAGCGGACUAAUUAUUAGGCGUGCCUAGAAUUUGUCAUGGAUAUGACUGCAUGUCGAUAUUCUUUUGCUAUCUUUGUGGUCUCGUUCUGUUGUUUGGACUACGUUUUUCUUUUGCGUAUUCUUGAUAUAUAGAAGAACCAACCUGUAACUUUUGAUGCACUCCUGGACCCUGUCUAUGUUUGUUGCUUGGGAGUUGGGAACAUUGGUGCUAGAUGAUUUGGUGAAUAAAUAACGAAUUUUUGUAGUGAAGA